CGAUGGAGUAGCGUAAAUUACAGCUGGUCUGACGGUCUCUUCCUUCAAACAGAAUCUUCCCUUCUCUUCCUUUUUCCACACCAGUAGAAAUUAUUUUACACCGUCAACAGAUUCAACACAAUUUAAUACUCCACUUUACACUUCUUAAUUAUUUCACAAAUUCCUAAUUAACUUCUUAAUACUCAGUGGAGUAUUAUCUUACUUGCUUCAGAAUCUAAUCUCUGUCACCAACAAAUCCUUUCUACAUUACAUGCACACAAAAAUCAAAACCACUUUACACUCUCAAAAUCUCAGAUCCUUCAUCUUACACUAACAAAAAAACCAAAUCAAUGGGUCACGUGAACCUCCCACCUUCUAAACGCACCCCAACAAUCACUAACAUCAUCAACAACUACAACCCUCGCCACUGGCGUCUCAUAGACUUAAUCUCCGCCGCGUUUUUCGGCUUAGUGUUUCUUUUCUUUGUUUUCGUAUUCACUUCCUUAGGUGAUUCACUCGCCGCCUCAGGGAGGCAGACGCUGCUGAUGUCAGGCUCUGAUCCACAGCAGCGUCUGCGUCUGGUGGCGGCGAUUGAAGUAGGACAGAGAGUUAUUGAUGCUUGUCCUGCUGAUGCUGUGGAUCAUAUGCCGUGUGAGAAUCCGAGGUUGAAUAGUCAGUUGAGUAGAGAGAUGAAUUAUUAUAGAGAGAGACAUUGUCCGCCUGUGGAGAAUACUGUUCUUUGUCUUGUUCCGCCGCCGAGUGGUUAUAAGGUUUCAGUGCAGUGGCCGGAGAGUUUGCAUAAGAUAUGGCACAGCAACAUGCCGCACAACAAAAUUGCUGACAGGAAAGGUCAUCAGGGAUGGAUGAAACUUGAAGGUCCACACUUUAUAUUCCCUGGAGGUGGCACAAUGUUUCCAGAUGGAGCAGAGCAGUAUAUUGAAAAACUUGGUCAAUACAUUCCAAUGAAUGGUGGUGUUCUGAGGACUGCUCUUGAUAUGGGAUGUGGGGUUGCCAGUUUUGGAGGAUUUUUACUAUCACAAAAUAUUUUAACUAUGUCCUUUGCUCCAAGGGAUUCACAUAAAUCACAGAUACAAUUUGCUCUUGAAAGAGGAGUACCAGCUUUUGUUGCCAUGCUUGGUACUCGCAGACUUCCAUUUCCUGCAUUUGGCUUCGACUUAGUCCACUGCUCUCGUUGUUUAAUUCCUUUUACAGCCUACAAUGCAACUUAUUUCCUUGAAGUGGAUAGGUUACUUCGCCCUGGUGGAUAUCUAGUAGUAUCUGGCCCACCUGUUCAGUGGGCUAAACAAGACAAAGAGUGGUCUGAUCUCCAGGGUGUAGCAAGAGCUUUGUGUUAUGAACUGAUUGCCGUAGAUGGAAACACUGUCAUCUGGAAGAAGUCAACAGGGGAUCUGUGUCUCCCCAACCAAAACGAAUUUGGUCUUGAGUUAUGUGAUGAAUCAGAUGAUCCCAAUUCUGCUUGGUACUUCAAAUUGAAGAAAUGUGUCAGUAGAAUAUCUUCUGUGAAAGGAGAAUAUGCUGUUGGGACGAUUCCUAAGUGGCCAGAAAGGCUAACUGCUCCGCCACCUAGGUCAACACUCCUAAAAAAUGUUGCUGAUGUAUAUGAGGCUGACACCAGGCGUUGGGUAAGGAGGGUUGCACACUAUAAGAAUUCUCUAAACAUAAAGUUGGGGACUCCGGCCGUACGGAAUGUCAUGGACAUGAAUGCAUUUUUUGGAGGUUUCGCAGCAGCACUAAAAUCUGAUCCUGUUUGGGUAAUGAAUGUAGUUCCAUUUCGCAAGCCAUCCACUCUUGACAUGAUCUUUGACAGGGGUCUUAUCGGAGUCUAUCAUGACUGGUGUGAACCUUUCUCGACAUAUCCCCGCUCCUAUGACCUGAUCCAUGUGGCCAGCAUUGAAUCACUUAUAAAGGAUCCAGUCUCCGGGAAAAGCAGAUGCAACCUUGUUGAUUUGAUGGUCGAAAUAGACCGAAUGUUGCGGCCAGAAGGCACCGUUGUGGUGAGGGAUAACCCGGAAGUAAUCGACAAAGUAGCCCGUGUUGCUCAUGCCGUGAGGUGGAGGCCUACUAUUUAUGAUAAAGAGCCUGGAUCACAAGGCAAAGAUAAAAUCCUAGUUGCGACCAAGACCUUCUGGACACUCUAAUUCUCAUCCACUAACAUAGCUGUGUAAUUGAGAUAAAAUUUACUUUGAAGAUGGUGGUUUUGAAGUUAUCUAUUAUAUGCAUCAAAGGGAUAUGGUUUCCCUUCUUGUUCAUUGUGUAUACAAGGAGAAAGUAAGGUUAGGAUAUUAUGAGAGAAAUGGAAAAAUAUAUGAAGACUUUGUCAAGUUUUAUUUUAUAUGGAAGGCUCAAGCCUAUGUUAGUUAUAUGUAAGGAUAUCUUGUAAUUCAAUGCUUUUAUAUAAAGUUGCUUAUAUUCAUUGAAAAAGAAUAA